AUGAGACCUACCGUGGGAAUCAUCUCCAUCGGCGAGAUGGGCCUGGGCAUGGCCCGACUCCUCAAAGCCCACGACUACCGAGUGGUUACAGUGACAGAAGGACGAAGUGAGCACACUCUCGCACGAAUCCAUUCUGCGGGCAUCGAGACCCUCGCUUCAGAUGACGACCUGGUGAUCCAAGCCGACUACAUCCUCUCGAUAGUACCGCCGAAGAACGCUAUGGAGAUGGCGCAACGCAUCGCCCAAGCGUAUGCAUAUAGUACCUCGCCACAGGGCCAGACCGAAACGGCAGAUGGGGCAGGUCGCCGGCCGAAACGAAACGAACUAUACUACCUCGAGCUCAAUGCCGUUCCGGCGCGUCAGGCCGCGGAGAUGGCAAACCUUUUCGACGCCCACGAAAUGAAGAUCUCGGAUGACCCCGACGAGUCAUGCACGUCGGGUUGCCACUUCCUCGAUGGCGGAAUCAUUGGCGGACCACCGCAAAGCACGCCAGAUGGGGCGUGGACCAAGCCUAGCGUGGUGCUUUCGGGCGCGGUGGAUAUGCAUCGGGCCCCUGCCUUUGAAGCACUGGCAGAUGUCUUGAAUUUGCAGCUGGUCUCGGCGCAGAUUGGAGCCGCGAAAACUCUUAAGCUGUCUUUUAGCGCGCUCACCAAAGGGCUUACUGCCCUGUCGAUUAUGUCUUUCUCCACUGCGCAGACGGCGUCGAUGCUGCCGCAGCUCUUAGCCUUGUUGGAGACCCAUUCGCCCCGAACGGCGGCAUUGGCGACUCAUGGCGUUAUUGGGAUGAGUCCCAAGGCGUACCGCUGGGAGGAUGAGAUGCGUGGGAUUGGGGAGAUGUUGGAGAGUGUGGGUGGGUGGCAUGUUGGCGGAUCGGUUUAUGGGGGGAUUGCUGAGGUCUAUCGGACCAUUGCGGAGGAUACGUUAUUAGGCCAGGAACGAACCGAACAUCGUGUACGCGGAAUGACGGUUGACGAUGCCGCUCGGAUCAUUGCUUCACGGGAGGGUAUGUCAUCGAGCUGCGUAGGAGGGACGAUCCCGGAGAGUAACGAGUCGCCCAUGCCAAGCCUCGGGGAUGGGAAUGGGUCCGCGUCAUCCUGA